AUGUAUUCAGCACUGCUGCUGUUGACUAUCGUCGGAACGUCCUAUGCAUUUCGGCAGCAAAGUGUUGGAGUAUAUGGGCAACUUUUGUGCGGCAACAAAACGUUACCUAACACACAAAUAAAAUUAUGGAACAAAAACACCCUUGGAACUGACGACCAAUUAGCUGCGAUGAAGACAGAUCAAGAUGGAAAGUUCAGGUUGGAAGGUGGUGUAGGUUCGAUCUUUGGAAUGGACGUUCUCCUCAAGAUCUACCACGACUGUGAUGAUGGAAUCAAGCCCUGUCAACGAAAAGUUGUGUUGGGGAUUCCUUCAAGCUACGUCACGAGAUCUAGUUCGGUCAAAGAGUAUUUCAAUGCCGGCAUCCUUAACAUGCAAUUCAAGUUCCCUGACGAGGAGCGGAGCUGCAUCAACUAA